AUUUCAUCUGUGAUUUCAUCAUAUUUUUAUUAUGACGUAUAAUCUCGUGUGAGAAUUGCUAAAUUUGGUUAUAAAAACACAAAACGCAGAAAAUACAAAUCUGUAACUGAUUUUAAUAUGAUCACGAAGCGAUGAUUCACAAGUCCGUGAAAUUUGACUUUUCGAAAACGUCAUCUGUGUUAAUAAAAACAUCUUGACAUGUUGAUAAAAAUUAAAAUGACUUGAAAAUGAAGAACGGAUGUAAUGAAAACUUGGAUAUAAAAAUUAUCGAGCGCAGCGAGCAGGCAAAGAAAGUUUAUCGAUAUGUGAGCGAUAUCGCUAGACGCCUCGGAGAGGCAACAAAUGGGAGCAAAGUGAUGGCCGAUUUAUUUACCGUACCUAUAGAAGUUCAACGACAAAAAUUAAGAGACAACUGUGAAAAACUUUUCUUCUUAGAUCCUUUGAACUACGGCAAGAAGUCCCUUGAGCUGCUUUGGCGUAAAGUGUAUUAUGAUACAAUAUCGACAGCUAAGAAGCUCCGCGAAGCUGACAAUGAGUAUGACAAUUAUUUACAAACACAUAUUGUUUGUGGUAUAGGUCACUUUCAUCACUUAAUUUCCAGAGUUCAAUCAGAAAUGAAAAUUCACCUAAAAGAAUUGGAUUAUGUCCCCCUUUAUCAUGAUGAGGAAAAUCAGGAUGAUAUUAAUUAUAAGCCACCAGAAGAUGAAUACCAACUUUGUAGAUCUGUUUUGUAUUCUUGCUUAGUAUAUCUUGGUGACUUAAGUAGAUAUCAGGUGGAAAUUUUCAACAGUGUGGAAUCUUCUACUGCUGCACGUUAUUACCUACAGGCUGGUCAAAUAGAUCUCACAUCAGGCAUGCCCUUUAAUCAAAUAGGUAAUUUAUAUUUAGAGAAAAACUACAAUUUAGAUUCAGUCAGUUCUUAUAUACACUGUCUCAGUUGCUUAUCACCAUUUGAAGGUGCUAUGGGUAACCUGACCAAAAUUUUUGAGAAAAACAACCACUUUUGUAGUAUGCUCAAUGACUCUGAAUCAUGCACACAAUCAGAGCAUAUCCAAAUGACAGUAGCAAAUUUUUUAUGUUUGAUUGAAAAGUGGUAUUUUGUUAAAGAUGACCCCAAUAUUCCCAAAAUAUGCAGUACAGUUAUACAGCAACUCAAAAUUUCAAUGGAUUUUGGUAAACUUGUACUUCCAGACAUAAAUAAAAAUUAUAAUGAAUUUGUUCAAGCCUUAGAAGAAGAAAAUACCAAUCCAGCAUAUUUGAACUCAACUAUGAUCCACAAUAUAGUUAAAAUCUGUCUUUUUACUAUUGCAAAAUUGAAGGAAAAUAAUGAAGGAAAAGCAUUUGCAUGUAAAGCUUUCACUUUAGCAUUUUUGUCUCAAUUAUUACAAAAAUUGCAUGAGCAACUGGAAGCUCUUGGACUUAAAAACCCAGCAAGUAAAUAUACAUCUAAAUAUAAAAUUUCUAUUAAUUUAUCAUCACAUGAAUUGAAUGGAAUAGAUGAACCACAAAUUGAUGAUGUUAAUGUAGCCUUACUAAAUGGCAAUAAUGAGAAUGAAAAUGAGGAAGAAAUUAAAGAAAUUGGUUCAGAUGGAGACUCUAAAGUUGUUUUGAAUGGUGAUAGUAAAAAUAAAAAGGCAUUGGCAAGGAGACGUCGUAGGCGUAGAACUGCUUCUUCAGGGAGUUCUGAUAUAAGUGAUAACUCAGAAAAUAGUGAAGAUGAAAGUGACGAAUCAGAUUCUUGUGAUGAUCUUUCAGAAUCAAGUUUUCAGUCUGAAGAUGAACAAAGUGAUGAAAUAUCCCUUCAUAAUGACACAGACGAAGAGGAAAAAGAAAUCAAUGAGACUUGUGAUGAAAAAUCUUAUUCACAAAAUAAAGAUGAAAAUAAUGUGAAUGGAGAGUUGAAUGAGGUAAACAAAUCGGCAUCAGAAGAUAAACCUAACAGAAAAGAUUUAGACAUGCAAGGCAUUAAAAACUUUUUACUUGGUGAUAAUUUUUUGCCUAGUCUUAAAAUAUUACAAGACUGGGUUCUCACUGAGAAGGAAUUGAUUUUGUCUUGUGGUGAAAGUGGUGAAUCUUUAUUUCAAUGUGUUGUUAAUUUGUUAAAUAUAUUCCAGCAUUAUUUUAAUCAGAAGAAUAAUGAUGUGCUCAUUGAUAACAACUGCAAUGUUCUGAUACUAGCAAAAAAUAUAGCAAAAAAAUUCAAACUUGAAUAUAAAUCUAUCCCAUUGCCUGAAGAUAUAAACUUGCGUGGUACAAAUAUCGGAAAAUUUGAUAAAGAUGCAGCUGAAUGGCAAGUCAUGGAGAAAAUGAAAUUAACUGUAUAUGAAGAAAACAUUAUCAGAAUAUUGAAUUUUAUCGACUUUGGGAAUCAAAUAGCUAAAAUAGUGCCAAGAAUAAGGUUCAACAGAACAAUGAAGAUUUUCUAUUUGAAAAAAGUAUACCCAACCAAAGUAAGCACAAAGUUACACCAUAAAAGAAGUAGGGAAUGGCAUAAUUCCAAGAAUCAAGUCGACAAGAAAGAGAGUGGUCUUUUGCGCCGUUUGGGACAUCUUUGGCUAGCUUCUCGAGUACGCGAAUUGGAAAGUACUGGACAAACAGAAAUUCCUUCACUUCUAGCUGUAGAUACUGCUGCUUUAUAUAAACAUCUUCGUAGAGUGAAACAGCUGGUCAAGGCACGAAAUUUUAUAUUUCUUGUGCCAAAUGUUGUUUUACAAGAACUGGAUGAGUUGAAACGGGAAUGCUCCACGGCUCGGGACGCUAUACGCUGGCUCGAAGUUCAACUUAAAAGUGGAUCUCGUUUUCUACGGACUCAACGACCUGGGCAAUCCAAACCGCUAUCGUUGCUCAAAUAUCCUCGAAAAGCUCCACCACAUGUCCAUAAUUUUAUGCAGAUAUUAGAAUUUUGCAACCACUUCACCUCUGAUGAAAAGCAAUUGCAAGGUGGAAAUGGGGAUCCAGAUAACACGGUGCAAGGAAAGACCGCGCCGCUACUUGUUCUUUUAGUUGGAACAGAACAAGAGAAAAAUGAAGACACAUAUAAAGAGAUCAGUUUGAUGGGCACAGCGCAAGCAGCGGGCAUCUCUGUUGAAUACAUUGGCGAUUUUUACGCUAAGUGGCGCCAAACUGGCCACAAAAAUGGUAAAAAGAGGUGAACAUUGCGACGACAUCUUAGGAUCUCGACUUCAAUAGAGGGAACAACAUCCCUCUCACCAAGUGAAAUAAAUCAUCCAGAUGGUAUGAAUAUGCCUGCGCAAAAAGAGUGUUAAUACUGUUAACUUGAAAUUUGGCUGACGAGUCGGUUUUUUCUUAAUUUGGAUUUGAAAUUUUUUAUUGUCAUUCAUUCAUAUUUUAUUAUUAAGUAAUAAUCUUUUGGACACCUUUUUAUGUCACUUCAUCUUUUACAUUAUCAUAAUUAGUUAUGAUUCAUAACUGGGGUAUUGUCAUAGUCAAUUGGUGUAACUUGUUAUUUUCGCAAAUUUAUCAUUCAUUCAAUAAACGAAUUUUUUAAA